AUGGCGUCACCUAUGCCAGUGCAACAGCCUUCUGGCAACUGGGGCCACUACGUUCAACAGCAGAGCAUGGCCGCUCCCACGCCCAACAUGGAUGACUUUGGCUCAGAGCGUAGGCUCAUGGGGCUCAAAGUCAAUUACACCUUCGAUCGCGAAGCCCAGGUCAACUUUCUGGCUCGUCAUCCUCAGCCUCUCCACGUCAACACGAUUGCCCUGAGCGAGACGAAAACGAUAGGUUACACCGACCUGAGCCUCUGCGCUCAAGCCAUUGCCCAAUGCAGCCCCGAGCUCCUGGGCGAGGACCACGACUACACCGUCUAUGCGUUCGACUACUCGGAGGAGGACACACCACUCGUCGGGCAAGGCUUGCUGUCCUGGAUACUGCAUGCUGACCCUUCCGAAUCCAAAAUGAUCUUUGGCCGCCUCACCAAGAACCCCCUUGCCUUGCUCCCUGGUGGAAACGGUCUCAAGGAAAUGCUGGAGGUCAAGUUCAAGCUCCUGCCCACCAACAGACCGCCUCGCCGACCCGACUAUGGUCGGCACGAUGCCCUUGCGAGCUUUGAUCAGACAAUGUCCCACGUCAGGCAACAUGAUGGUGUCAUGACGCCGACAGGCAGCCAGGAGUGGGACUCGUUCCUCCAGUCGAACCCCCAACUAGGUCAACACCAAAACUUGAACAACCCGUCAGCACUACCCGGUGACCAGUCAUUUGAUGGCCCAAACCGGGUCGCCCCGACGCUCGUCGACACCCAGGGUGAUGACGCAGCCAACCCGCCUUCCCGCCCAGCAUCAAGAGCUUCGACGACAUCAACGACGAAGCGAAAGAGGACGAGGAUACCCACCGGUCGACCACGUGGCCGUCCUCCUAAUCCCAAGAAGAAUGCGGUGACUGUGGACACUCUCCACAGCCAAGGCCCGGGCAGCACAUCCGGCUAUGAAGAAGGAACGGACGCCGAGGAAAGCGCACCUGCGAAAAAGAAGCGUGCGACGACGACAGCGGUUACGAAGAACAUCAACGACCCCUUCGGAGGCAGCGCUGGCCCUGAAUCUCUCAGAGUGGCUGCCAGCACGGCUGGCUCGAUUCGAACCUUGCGACCACCCGGUGCUGGUGGCGAAACCACGCAAGGCAACCAUCUGCAGGAUGUGCCUAGAGCACCCACACCGAUCCCGGCAGCAGGGCCUCGCAGGGCGCAAGGUGGCAGGGGCGCCGGUGCCAGCAGCCUUCGCCGACAAUCUACCCUGAGUCAGGCUGCCAUUGCUGCUGAGCAGAACCCCUCCUUCACGGAGUCUGUAUCGGCCAUGUCACCACCUAGCCAGGAUGGUCGCUCGCCCGGAGAAUCAGAGAUUGCGUCUCCCGUCUACUCGGACAGCCCUGGGCAGAUCGGCUCAUCACCACCAGUGCCCAGAGUGACGGCCUACAUCCGCUCUAGCCCUCCGGCGAGCAGCCCGACCCUGCCUCCAAUGCCGAAACCACAACCAGACUCUGGGUUCAUGAGUGGCGACAUUGAUGACCUGUUCGAUGAGCAAAGCAAGCCUUUCAAAUUGGAACCUACAUCGCAGCCGGCGUCACGCCCAAUACCGAGAGCCUCUGACCGGCAAAAGAUCCCUGGCGUUCUCAUCCAUGAGCUGAGACAAACUCGGCCAGCGUCGAGCGAUGUCGAAAUGGUACUCCAUGCGGAUUCUCAACCGCCCUAUGCGAGUAACGCACGUUCGACCCUUCCGUCCCCUGCCCCAACAUAUGGACCUCCCGCCCAUCCAUACAGACCACCUGCGCCGCCGGCCUCGCUGAAUCGGUCAAAAAGCGAUUCGCACGCACUCAUGGCACCGCCGGCUGCGCAAGUAGGUUUAAAAGAUCCGUCGCCACAGCUAGAGGAGCCAGCUGUGGCGGUUGACAGAGACAUGGCAAAAGCCGCACCUGCUGCUCCGACCCAGGAAACACCCAUGCCAUCAGUGGAGGAUCAGGGUGAAAACGGACACCCUGUUCAUAUUCAACAGAUGAUCACCUCCCAACGACCUCUCGACGAAAGGCAGUCCACGGAAAGCAGGACCCCUUCGGAGAACCAAAGACCAUCCGCACACCCCACGGAAAACCCUGCACCACAAGAGCAGGAGCUCAUGCAGCGCCUAGCAGCUGUUGCGAGGGAUGCUUCGGAGUCAGAAGGCUCGCUGCCUCCCGCCAGCACAGCGAUUGAUCUGUUCGCCAGACCACUGCCGCCAAAUGCCAGGCAGCACUCUCGCCCAGCCACGACCACGUCCCGACCGCAGCUGGCCGCAAUCCCAGCCAGCGAUCCCAUCGGCUCGCUUGCACUCCCUGGUGCAGUGGAUACUUCGUUUUCCGAGGCGCCCGCCCCAAAGUCUCCAAAGUCGCCUCGGUCCAACAAGAAUCUUGUGAAGAAGGCAGUGAUUCGGCUGCGACUAGAGGAAGCGAUUGCCGCUGGUCAGAUGCCUGCAUACUGCACCAACUGUGGCGCCAUCGAGACACCCACUUGGAGAAAGAUCUGGACGCAAGAACGAUUUGGGGUUCCCGAAUUUUGCGAGUUUUCCGAGAAGCCUGGCAAGAUCACUGCCAUCAUUGUCUUGGAGCGCGAUACGGACGACAACCCUAGUAAAUAUCAACUGAUCAAGAAGGGCCUAGGUGAGAAGGACAACAAGGAAGAAUGGGUCGAGUCUCUGCUCUGCAAUCCUUGCGGCAUCUGGCUUGCGAAGUGGAAGAUCCACCGACCACCCGACAAGUGGGAUCGUGGCCAACAGCCAAAGACCCGGCGACGGGGUCGUGCCGCGCGCAACCCCAAGCGUUCCAAGGGUGCUGCUGAGGCUACGUCAGAAGCGGCCUUUGAAACCGACCCUGCUGGCCCUGAAGGCAUGGACGGCCCCUCCGAAGACAUUAGCAAAACGUUGCACGUGGCCUCGGUGGACGACACAAACUCGCGGGAAGCUUCCCUGGCGCUCGAGCAAGCCUUGCGGAACGACCUCCUUUCGCCAGCAAAGCAACAUCGCUCCCGGCAUGGCUCGACACACUCUCGAGGAAGCGGCACAGCGAAGAGUCCAAUUAUGGUGGGGGCGAGUGCGGAAGAGGCCAUAAUGGGAGCGACACGUCGUCUCUUGUUCCCUUCGCCCCGUAAGGAUGGGCAAGUGAAGGUGCUCAACGAGGUGGCCAUCAACGUCAUUCAGCUGGAUGCGUCUAAGGUCGAGACCAGAGAUCCUGAUAUCAAGGGGCCCAGGGCUCCGCACCAACAAGGUCAACUGACCGUCCCUGAUGACGAUGAUGAACUGGAGUCUCUUUUCCGCAGUCCAAUGGCGCGACCUUCGACCCCUCCUACGCAAGACGGCAACCAUCCAGGACCGUUCAAGACCCCUACACGGCCAACUCCGAGUCAUCGCCCCGUCACGCGCAGCAUCUCCAAGUCCAUCAAGUCGGGCCGUUCCCGCCCUUCUCCAGCGCAAGCACUAGCUAUGCUCCAAGCCACGCCCACUCGCACACCGCGCUCGCUUGCUCGUGUUUUGGGAGGCGACAGUCCCAGUCUGAGACGCAGCCCAAGGUUCACGGGACACGACGAUCUUACGUUGGCGUUGCUUGAAACCCCCAUGACCCGGUCGAUCAGCCAGAUGCUCUCUGACUACGGGGUUGAGGACGACGGCCUCGGCUUUGGCAGCAUUGCAGGCAUGCCAGAGCUAGAAGGCCUUGAUGACAUACCCUUUGACUUCGGCAGCUUGCUCGGUUCCGAUGCCACUGCGGCCAGCUCGCCUUCAAAGGCCAAGCGUGGAACCGGGUUCGACUAUGCGGGCACUGAUCACAUGUGGACCGAGUGGAACAAAGGGGCUCCCACAGAGCCGCAGGAGUGA